AUGGGGAGUAAAUGGAUCUAUGUGGCUAUCCUGGGGAUGGCAUGCUUGAUGCUUGCAGUCAAUGGAACAGAUGGUAGCAACUCCACGGCAAGCAACAGCUCAAUAUCUUCUAACAUGACCAUGAACCUGACCCAAACAAGCCCUCCCAACAUUACCACUAACCUGACCAUGACCCAACCUCCAGACAUAAACAUGAACCUGACCCACACAAGCCCUCCCAACAUUACCACUAACCUGACCAUGACCCAACCUCCAGACAUAAACAUGAACCUGACCCAAACAAGCCCUCCCAACAUCACCACUAACCUGACCAUGACCCCCCCUCCCAACAUGACCUUGAACCUGACCCACACAAGCCCUCCCAACAUUACCACUAACCUGACCAUGACCCACCCUCCAGACAUAAACAUGAACCUGACCCACACAAGCCCUCCCAACAUCACCACCAACCUGACCAUGACCCUUCCUCCCAACAUGACCUUAAACCUGACCCAAACAAGCCCUCCCAACAUUACCACUAACCUGACCAUGACCCAGCCUCCAGACAUAAACAUGAACCUGACCCACACAAGCCCUCCCAACAACACCACUAACAUGACCAUGACCCCCCCUCCCAACAUGACCUUGAACCUGACCCAAACAAGCCCUCCCAACAUUACCACUAACCUGACCAUGACCCACCCUCCAGACAUAAACAUGAACCUGACCCAAACAAGCCCUCCCAACAUCACCACUAACCUGACCAUGACCCCCCCUCCCAACAUGACCUUGAACCUGAUCCAAACAAGCCCUCCCAACAUUACCACUAACCUGACCAUGACCCACCCUCCAGACAUAAACAUGAACCUGACCCACACAAGCCCUCCCAACAACACCACUAACAUGACCAUGACCCCCCCUCCCAACAUGACCUUGAACCUGACCCAAACAAGCCCUCCCAAUAUCACCACUAACCUGACCAUGACCCACCCUCCAGACAUAAACAUGAACCUGACCCAAACAAGCCCUCCCAACAUCACCACUAACCUGACCAUGACCCUUCCUCCCAAUAUGACCGUGAACCUGACCCACACAAGUCCUCCCAACAUCACCACCAACCUGACCAUGACCCACCCUCCAGACAUAACCAUGAACCUGACCCAAACCAGCCCUCCCAACAUCACCACUAACAUGACCAUGACCCUCCCUCCUAACAUGACCUUGAACCUGACCCAAACAAGCCCUCCCAACAUUACCACUAACCUGACCAUGACCCACCCUCCAGACAUAAACAUGAACCUGACCCACACAAAUCCUCCCAACAUCACCACCAACCUGACAAUGACCCUUCCUCCCAAUAUGACCAUGAACCUGACCCACACAAGCCCUCCCAACAUCACCACCAACCUGACAAUGACCCAUCACCCCAACAUGACCAUGAACCUGACCCACACAAGCCCUCCCAACAUCACCACUAACAUGACCAUGACCCUUCCCCCCAACAUGACCAUGAACCUGACCCACACAAGCCCUCCCAACAUCACCACUAACAUGACCAUGACCCUUCCCCCCAACAUGACCAUGAACCUGACCCACACAAGCCCUCCCAACAUCACCACUAACAUGACCAUGACCCUUCCUCCCAACAUGACCAUGAACCUGACCCACACAAGCCCUCCCAACAUCACCACUAACAUGACCAUGACCCUUCCCCCCAACAUGACCAUGAACCUGACCCACACAAGCCCUCCCAACAUCACCACUAACAUGACCAUGACCCUUCCUCCCAACAUGACCAUGAACCUGACCCACACAAGCCCUCCCAACAUCACCACUAACAUGACCAUGACCCUUCCUCCCAACAUGACCAUGAACCUGACCCACACAAGCCCUCCCAACAUCACCACUAACAUGACCAUGACCCUUCCUCCCAACAUGACCUUGAACCUGACCCACACAAGCCCUCCCAACAUCACCACCAACCUAACCCAAACUCGUCCUCCCAGCAUGACAAACAAUAUAACAUUACCAGGCUCCAAUAUCAUAACCAACAUCAGUAAUCAAUCACUAGAAAUUACUGGCAGAGAUAACUGCAGAAGGGAUAGGGCUUGUUUCUCCGCUCCACCUACCUGUAAUCCAGGUGCACAAGGUUCCUGCUAUUUCCUCUCUACUAAAGGAAUAACCGGAAAUGCAGAUAAUUUUACCUUUGAGCUCAGUGGCGAGUCAGAUGGUUACAUCGCAGCUGGCCUAUCUCGAGACAGCAGUGGUCAAGGUGCCACCAUCUAUUCUUGCGCCAGUUUCAAUGGUGUACUCAGGUUCAUCCGUGCCACACUGAACAAUCAAAGACUGACUCCGGAUGACACAUUCAUCCCUGGAAGCUUCCGUGGCUCAGUGAAUGAAAGAAAGAUUCAAUGCAUUUUCAAUGCCGCAGGUCUCGGCAGCAGCACCACUCGUGCUGCAACCACAGAAACUUUCGUCUUCGUUUUAACAGGCAGCAUCUCAAAUGGUUCUCUGGAUUCUCCAGUCAGUAGACUGGCCACAAAUGGGUCAGUGGACUUAGGCAACCCUAACAGCACAGAUGCUGCAAUAAUAGCACCAAGUACAAAUGCCACUGCAUCUAACACCACAACAGUAUCUACAAACCUGACCCAGACGCCAUCUCCCAACAUAACCAUGAACAUGACCCAACCGGGCCCACUCAACAUGACCACAAAUUCAACCCAGACACAUCCUCCCAACAUAACCAUGAACAUGACCCAACCGGGCCCACUCAACAUGACCACAAACUCAACCCAGACACGCCCUCCCAACAUAACCAUGAACAUGACCCAACCGGGCCCACUCAACAUGACCACAAAUUCAACCCAGACACAUCCUCCCAACAUAACCAUGAACAUGACCCAACCGGGCCCACUCAACAUGACCACAAAUUCAACCCAGACACAUCCUCCCAACAUAACCAUGAACAUGACCCAACCGGGCCCACUCAACAUGACCACAAACUCAACCCAGACGCGCCCUCCCAACAUAACCAUGAACAUGACCCAACCGGGCCCACUCAACAUGACCACAAAUUCAACCCAGACACAUCCUCCCAACAUAACCAUGAACAUGACCCAACCGGGCCCACUCAACAUGACCACAAACUCAACCCAGACGCGCCCUCCUAACAUGACAAACAAUAUAACACCGUCCGGCUCUAAUACCAUGACCAACAACAACAUCAUUAGUCAAUCACAAGAAAUCACUAGCAGAGAUAACUGCAGAAGGGAUAGGGCUUGUUUCUCCGCUCCACCUACCUGUAAUCCAGGUGCACAAAGUUCCUGCUAUUUCCUCUCUACAAGAGGAAUAACCGGAAAUGCAGAUAAUUUUACCUUUGAACUCAGUGGCGAGUCAGAUGGUUACAUUGCAGCUGGCCUCUCUCGAGACAGCACUGGUCAAGGUGCCACCAUCUAUUCUUGCGCCAAUUUUAAUGGUACAAUGAGGUUCAUCCGUGCCACACUGAACAAUCAAAGACUGACUCAGGAUGACACAUUCAUCCCUGGAAGCUUCCGUGGCUCAGUGAAUGGAAAAAAGAUUCAAUGCAUUUUCAAUGCUGCAGGUCUCGGCAGCAGCACCGCUCGUGCUGAAACCACAGAACCUUUCAUCUUCGUUUUAACAGGCAGCGUCUCAAAUGGCUCUCUGGAUUCUCCAGUCACUAGACUGGCCACAAAUGGGUCAGUGGACUUAAGCAACCCUAACAGCACAGAUGUUUUGGUCAUAACACCCAGUACAAACGCCACUGCAUCUAACGCCACUACAGCAUCAAACGCCACUUCAUCUAACAUUACAGCAAACACUAGUACUACAAUUGAUAAGGUCACCAGGGACAGCUGUAAGAAGGACAAGGCAUGUUUCUCCACUCCAGCCAGCUGUGAUCCAUCUACUUCCAAUAGCUGUUUUUUUGCUUCCACAAGAGGGGUAAAUGGAAGCUCAGACAAUCUCACUUUUGAGCUCAGUGGGGAGUCGAAUGGUUAUAUCGCAGUUGGCCUCUCUCGAGACAACAAGGAGGGUGAUGGUGAUACCAUCUAUUCAUGUGCCAACAACAAUGGUACAGUGAAGUUCAUCCGUGCCACACUGAACAACACCAUUCUGACUCCAGAUAACACCUUUAGACCUGGAUCCUUCCGUAGCUCUGUGAACAACACGAAGAUUCAAUGCAUAUUCAUAGCUGCAGGUCUCAACAGCAGCACCCGUGCAGCGAACACAAAUGCUUUUCUCUUCUUCUUCACUGGCAACUUUACCAAUGGCACCAUGGGGUCUCCAUUUACACGAAUGGCAACAAAUUCAUCAGUUGAUCUAACCAACUUUAACAGCUCAGAUGUUGCAAUAAUAACACCCCCUACAAAUACAGUCUCUAAUACUACCACUUCUACUACUAUUACAACUACUACUGCAAAACCUACUACAGGAGGGAGCAAUGCGCUGCAGCAUGUGGCUUCUCAGGCUGCUGUGGUAAUUCUCUCAGGGAUCCUUGCAGUCCUCCUGUUGUAAGGAUGCUGCCUGGACGUGUCUUUUGCUUUCUGAAACUGGUCGAUGAGCACUGAAUACUUGAUGAACCCAACACUAAAGUAUAAGUUAUUCAGCACAUUUAUAAUUGUGUAAUACUGUGACUCUGGGAACAAUGAAGCAAGAAGCUGAAAAUAUGGGGAAGAGGGAAAUAUAUCAUUUAUUUAAUCUGUGUGAGAGAGAAAGAUUGUGUGUAUGAGUGUGUUUUUGUGAGAGUUAGUGUUUGUAUUCUGCAAAUGUACUGAUACUUAAAAAUCAGGCUCCUGCACAGAAUGGGCUGAUGAGAAUGUGUAUAAUCAGUCUGUUAAUGUAAUGGCGCAAGUCACCAAGUGGCUGAAAUGUCUAGAAAUAGCUAAGAAAAUUAUUUUUAAAUGUCUUUCAUUUAUUAUGUAAUGAAAGUACACUGCUGCCCCAAAACAUUGAUUGCCUGUAAGUUUUAAAUGAAGUCACUUGUUUUUGGAAGAAAAGAAUUAUGCAUAAUAAAAAUUAUUUAAAUGUUCAAGUAAACAAUGAAA